AUGGAGUCUCGGGUAAAGGGUUUUGUAUCAGCUCUAGAAACUGCUCCUGAUGAUGUUCGGAUGAUAGGGAUCAAAGGGAUGGGAGGGGCAGGGAAGACAACUUUGGCCAGAGCUGUUUUUGAUCACAUAUGCAUUCGGUUCGAAGGUAAAAGCUUUGUUGAGAAUGUGAGGGAAGUUUCAAAAGCUUCUUUAUCUGGUUUAAAGAAAUUGCAAACGCAAGUUCUUUCAGAUGUCUUAAAUGAUCGAGGUAUCAAAGUAAGUAGUGUCCAGGACGGGAAAAACAUGAUGAAAAAGAUGAUGUGUAGUCGAAAAGUUCUUGUUGUUUUAGAUGAUGUGGAUGAUAUAAAACAGCUUGAGGCGUUGGCCGGUGAGCCUAAUUGGUUUAAGCCUGGGAGUAGAAUUCUUGUUACAACUAGAGACGAGCAAGUGCUAGUUGCUCAUCGAGUGAACUUGAUUCGUGAUGUCAAUAUGUUAUCCCAUGAGGAAGCUGUUUGCCUCUUUAGUAGGUACACUUUUGGAAAAGAGAUUCCAAUUCAUGGGUAUGAAGAACUAUCAAGACAAGUUGUACGUUAUGCUGCCGGUCUUCCCUUAACCAUUAGAGUUUUGGGCUCUUUUCUUUGUGGUAAAAAUGAGCUUCAAUGGAAAGAUGCCAUAGACAGACAAAAAAGGAUUCCCUUGAGGGAAACUCUUGAAAAAUUGGAGUUAAGCUAUAUAGGUUUAGAGGAGGAUUAUAGGGAAAUAUUCCUAGAUAUUGCAUGCAUAUUGAAAGGGUGGAGGAAAGAUUAUGUAGUUAAAGUGCUUGAAAGCUGUGGAUUUCAUGCUAGAAAUGGCUUGAGAGUUCUUGAGCAAAAGUCUCUCAUUACUACCGAAUAUGGCUACUUGGGCAUGCAUGACCAUAUUGAAGAAAUGGGUAAAAAUAUAGUUCGCCGUUUGCAUCCAUGUGAGCCUAAUAGACACAGCCGAUUGUGGAUUCGAGAGGAAAUUGAAGAUAUAUUGGCUAAUGAUUUGGGUACUGAAGCAACAAGAUGUUUACAAAUGGAAAUGCCUCAAGAUGACCAUCUAGAGAAUUUUAUCAUAGGUCUUCGAAACAUGAAGAAACUAAAAGUUCUUGACAUGGAUAGAAGUGGAGAUGACAUCAAUGUCAGGGAAGUACUUGGUCAAUGCUUACCAAAUUCUUUACGAUAUCUUAGAUGGCGUUGUUACCUUUUCGAGUCUUUAAUGACAUCAUUUCAGGAAGAUCAUCUUGUUGGACUUUCCCUACUAGUUAGUGAAAUUAAACAAUUAUGGGAAUGCGGAGAAAGAAAGGUUCUUAAAAAGCUAAGGUUUCUUGACAUGAUUCGAUCAUACAUAAGAACUUUGGACCUUGAGAUGAUUCCAAAUAUCGAAACGUUAAAUCUUGCUGCAUGUGAUCAUUUGGUAGAACUUAACAUGCCCUUUGAAUGUCUAAAGCUCAAAGCUCUUAACCUUGAGCGUUGUAAGAUGUUGAGGAACCUUAAGCUAGCACCGACUCCAGAUCUCGAGACUUUAAGUCUUAAAGGAUGUGUUCAUUUGGUAGAAUUUAACAUGCCUUUCGAAUGUUCAAAUCUCAAAGCCCUUAACCUUAAACAGUGUAGGAUGUUGACAACUUUUAAGCUUGCACCCACCCCGAAUCUCGAAACAUUAAAUCUUAAAGGAUGUGUUAAUUUGGUAGAACUUAACAUGUCCUUCCAAUGUUCGAAACUCAAAGCCCUUGACCUUGAAGAUUGUGAGAUGUUGCGAACCCUUAAGCUUGCAUCUAGUCCAAAUCUUGAGACGUUAAGUCUUAAAGGAUGUGUUGAUUUGGUAGAAUUUAACAUGCCCUUAGAAUGUUUAAAGCUCAAAGUUCUUAACCUUGAACAUUGUGAGAUGGUGAGGACCCUUAAGCUUGCAUCCACUCCGGAUCUCGAGACGUUAAGUCUUUUACGAUGUAUUAAUUUGGUAGAACUUAGCAUGCCCUUCGAAUGUUUAAAUCUUAAAACCCUUAACCUUGAAUAUUGUGAGAUGUUGAGGACCCUUAAGCUUGCACCCACUCCGGAUCUCGAGACGUUAAGUCUUCUUGGGUGUGUUAAUUUGGUUGAACUUAACAUGCCCUUUGAAUGUUCAAAGCUUAAAUCCCUUAACCUUGAACGUUGUAAGAUGUUCAGGACCCUAAAUCUUGCUCCCACUCCAGAUCUAGAGACGCUAAGUCUUAGAGGAUGUGUUGAUUUAGUAGAACUUAACAUGCCAUUUGAGUGUUCAAGGCUCAAAUCCCUUAACCUUGAAUAUUGUGAGAUGCUGAGGACCCUUAAGCUUGCACCCACUCCGGAUCUCGAGACGUUAAGUCUUCUUGGGUGUGUUAAUUUCGUAGAACUUAACAUGCCCUUUGAAUGUUUAAAGCUCAAAUCCCUUAACCUUGAACGUUGUAAGAUGUUUAGAGCCCUGAAUCUUGCACCCACUCCGGAUCUAGAGACGUUAAGUCUUAGGGGAUGUGUUGAUUUAGUAGAACUUAACAUGCCCUUCGAAUGUUUAAGGCUCAAAUCCCUUAACCUUGAACGUUGUAGGAUGUUGAAUAGCCUUAAGCUUGCACCCACUCCGGAUCUCGAGACAUUAAGUCUUAAAGGAUGUAUUGAGUUGGUAGAACUUAACAUGCCCUUCCAAUAUUCAAAGCUUAAAGCCUUUAACCUUGAAGAUUGUCAGAUGUUGAGGACCUUUAAACUUGUACCUACUCCGGAUCUCGAGACAUUAAGCCUAAAAGGAUGUGUUGAUUUGGUAGAACUUAACAUGCCUUUUGAAUGUCCAAAGCUCAAAUCCCUGAACCUUGAAGAUUGUGAGACGUUGAGGACCCUUAAGCUUGCACCCACUCCGGAUCUCGAGUCGUUAACACUUAAAGGAUGUGUUGAUUUGGUCGAACUUAAUAUGCCCUUCGAAUGUUCAAAGCUCAAAGCCCUUAACCUUGAACAUCGUGAGAUGUUGAGGACCCUUAAGCUUGCACCUACUCCGGAACUCGAGUAA